UCUAGUCAAUUGUACUUACGGCUAGAAUAUUGUCUGUGUGGUCUCCAAGUUAAACCCUAAGUGUGUCCAGCCCAACUGUAUGUACAAGCUUCGAUCAUACUGGUCAUCGGGUUUGAGCUUCAGGAGGUGGUUCUCCUACAGGUGCGUCUAACGAAUCGACGGGUUGGGUGUGGGUUUGCAGGCACAGGUUGGUGGUUUUUCGUUGCCUGCAUUCCUGGAGCAGAUGAUGGAAGGAAUAAUACUUUAAGAUCUUAUGGAGGGUUGCUCUGGAAUGCUUUGAACCUAAAGAGAUCACCACUGUGUUCGAGAUCCUCGGAGGAACAAGUUGCUGUGAAUUCAUCAGCGGUUACGUUGUCAUCUAAUCUAAAAUUCUAGAUUUUAAACUAUUACUGCAGUCGCGAGUGCAUGAAUUCAGUCCGGUAUCCUCGUAGAUACCAUGGGAAGGAGCGGCUGGAACUUGGAACGUGUUUCAAACUGAAUAAGUGUGCGGGAGAUUCACUUCAUAAAUCACCGGAUGCAGCAGUACUGAUGUGCACUUAACCGGGCGUGAAGGGUGCUAGUGAUUAUCUGGGCGUUGAAGUGAUAACUUUACAGAUAUGGGGUAUAAUUCUUUUCGCAGUUCAUCGCCAUCCAGCAAGGGUAAUGCGGGGAGACACAGACUGAAGUUUCUUGUCAUCGUAUGUAUGACGAUGGUGUUCGUUCUGUCGAGUUCCACAUUCCUAGCACCUUUUAGCAACCUCAUGAGAAUCAGCGCUUGUAACAUUGGCCCUGAUGGUGGCGUUUUGGCAAGAGAAUCUGACCAGUUUAGUGCUUACACCCUCCAACACCAGGAGACUCUUCAUGUCCAGGAUGGUCGAAUGGAAGAUGGUAACUCACAAGAGUCGAAUCAGAUCAGUGAUGUCGUCAAAGUGACUGAGUGGUUUGGCGAAAGCCAGAGCACGAUUCCAGUUCAAAGGGAAGUCAGAGGCGAGGAGCCUGUUAGCACCACACUAGAACAGGAAGAGAUCGAUGAAUCUGAGACUAAGGAAAACGACAUCAUAGCUAAGGAAGACUCUACACCAUCCCACGGUGGUGACAAUGUAGGCACUGGCACAUCGGAGGAGCUUGUGACCUCCACAUUGAGAGAGACGGUGGAUGUAGCAUCAAAUGCCAGUGACGGUAAGAAUGUGGUAGAACAAGUCCCGACAGAAUCCAUAGAUAAUGGCGAAGUAUCGAACCAGAAGCCCGUUUCUUCUUCAGCUGAAGAAGAAACUCCUGCAAUUACCGAGACAAAGAAAGAGGAGGUUCAGAAUGUCUCUGAUACAUCUGGGGAGCUUGUGAGCUCCACAUUGGAAGAAAAAUUGGACGUAUCACCAAAUACCAAUGACGACAAGACUGUGGGAGAACAUGUACCAACAGAAUCUACAUAUAAUGUUGAGGUAACAAACCAGGAACCCGCUUUUGCUUCAGCUGAAGAAGAAACACCUGCAGUUACUGAGGCAAGGAACGAGGAAGUUCGGAAUGUCUCUGAAACAUCUGAGGAGCUUAUGAGCUCCACCUUGGAAGAGAAGGUGGACGUAGCACCAAAUGCCAAUGACGAUAAGAAUGUGGAAGAACAAGCCCCAACAGAACCAACAGAUAAUGGCGAGGUUACGAACCAGGAGCCCGUUUCAACCUCAUCUGAAGGAGAAACGCCUGCAACUACCGAGUCAAAGAACGAGGAAGUUCAGAAGGACUCUGAUACCCCUUUGCAAUCUAGUGACAGUCUCCAAGAGCGGAGCGAAGAGCUUGUACUUGCAGCACCGAAAGUAGAGAAUCCUUCAGUUUCAGAGCAGAAGAACGAGGGAAGUUUGGUCGCAGUGGAAUCUGCACAAUCAGAUGAUAAUGAUCAAGAAUGGAAGGAGCACAAGACAACGAAACAGGAGCCCAUAUUCACCACACCGGGGCUAGAAACUCCUGCAGUCAUUGAAGCGAAAAACGAGGAGAAUUCGGAGGGAGUGAACUCAACUCAAUCGCCUGACAAUGGGGCGGUAUUGGAAGAGAAGAACGAAUGGAAUCAGAAUCAGAAUCCUGUCCCCGGGUCCCAGGGAGAGCAGAUUCACGCAGCGACUGAGCCAAAGAAUGACGCGAGUUUGACAGAACAGGUCUCAACACCAUCUGCUGAGAGCACCGAAGCAUGGUUCAAGGAGGCUGACAUAAGACCGUUCCGCAAUGAGGGAGACAAACCAGGAAAUCGCAGCUCGCCUCCCAACAUUGCGCUGCGGCGCAUCGCCGACAACAUCAGGUCACAUUCACUGGCGUACUCGACCCGAAAGGACGAAAAUCAAGCGGAUUCGAGCUGUGAAGGGAAGUACGUUUACGUUUACGACCUACCACCGGAGUUCAAUACCGACAUUGCCGCUCGGUGCGACUCUUUGUUCCCAUGGUUUAACCUCUGCGACUACUUCGUCGACUCAGGCAUCGGUAAACCUGUUAACACGGCAAGUGAUGGCAAACAAAUCAUGGUUCCAGCGGACCGCUGGUUCAAUACGCACCAGUAUGCGCUGGAGCUCGUGUCUCACGCGCGCAUUAAGAAGUACAAGUGUCUCACUGAGGAUCCGGACCAAGCAUCCCUGUUCUAUAUCCCCUUCUACGCUGGUCUUGAUGUGAUCCGGUGGCAUUUUGCUAAGAAUACCACCAAUGAGAAACGGGAUGAGCUCACGUGGAAGCUCCUCAGCUGGCUGGAGCAAAAACCGUCAUGGUCCCGCCGAGGAGGCUUUGACCACGUUAUGGUUCUGGGAAAAAUCUCGUGGGAUUUCCAUCGCAACUUGAAGUAUGGAUCUUGGGGGAGUAGCAUGCUUGAGCUUCCGCAAACACAGAAUGUGACAAAGGUGCUCAUUGAGCGCAACCCCUGGGUAAAAAAAGAAAUUGCAGCGCCGCACCCGACGUUCUUUCAUCCUAAGUCAGCGGCAGACAUAGAUACCUGGCUCAACCACAUCAGAUCACAGGAACGCUUCAGCCUCGUGACCUUCGUCGGGAAAGGGCGACCCGGGACAACGAACGUGCGGCAACAGCUUAUUGAGCAAUGUCGCAAUGCGUCCUCGGAGGCAGACUGCCGCAUAGUUGAGUGCGACAACAACCUUUGCCAGAAUCCCGCUUAUGUUAACGGGGCCUUCUUGUCGACGCAUUUCUGCAUGCAGCCUGUUGGGGACUCCCCGACAAGGCGCUCUGUAUUCGACUCACUAAUCACAGGCUGUAUCCCUGUGUUGUUUCACCCUUGCACCGCUCACGUGCAGUACCUCUGGCACUUGCCUGCUAACGAAACCUCUUGGUCGGUGUACAUUUCGGAAGACGACGUCAAGGAGGGCACUGCUAACGUCGUCGAGAUUCUCAAGAAGAUUCCAAAUCAUGAGAGGGAUGCCAUGCGGGAGACCAUUAUCAAAACCAUUGUUCCAGGGUUGCUGUAUGGCGCUCCUGGUAGUGACGUCUCUCCCUACAGGGAUGCUUUCGACAUCACGAUUGAGAAUCUGUUGCAUCGCGUUUCUCAACUGUCUGAUGGUAACGCUCCUUCGUAGACUUGACCGACUACGUCAGAGGUUUUUUUUUUCUUCUUUCUUUCGAGUGCAAACUCGAUUACUCACUAGAAGGGUGCACCUCGUCGAGUUGUCCUGUCCACGCAUUACGAGCUAUAACUGCACAAGAUGGCGGGCGUCAGCACGUAGAUAAUUAGCCUCCAGUUGCAAAAAAAUUAAACGCAGCCUCCCGAUAGAAGGGAAGGCGGCUCUGCAGCAGCAUUAGCAGCAGUAGCAACAGCGUAGAUUAAUGAGACGAACCAACAGAUCGUGUGCGACGGGGGUAUUGCACGACACGAAGAUAGUAGCGAUUCUUAUGAGCUCCCAUGACGAAGAAACUUGUUGGUUCCCUCGCUUCUGUGUGUAUCAUGAACAUGCGAGCUUAUCUUGUAUGGUUCCUGGCGAUCAACAGAACCGUGCAGCUCCAGAAAUUACGAUAGUUUUUUUUUAUUUUUUUUUUAUUAAGUAGCACUCGACAUUCUUUUCCCAAUGUGAAUAAAGGUAUAACAUGUUGAGUGGUUGGUUA